UCCGCUCCAAACGACACUCAAGAAAAUGGACCGCCCAAAGAACAGCCCAACCGUCUCCUGCCACGUGAUGGCGGUGCCGUUCCCCGGCCGAGGCCACAUCAACCCCAUGAUGUGCCUCUGCGAAUUUCUCGCUCUGCGAAGGCAGGAUUUGCUCGUCACCUUCGUCGUCACCGAGGAAUGGUUCGGGUUCAUCGGGUCGGAUCCCAAACCCGACAACAUCCGCUUCGCGAAGAUUCCGAACGUGAUCCCCUCCGAGAGCGGCCGUGGCGCCGACCAGCCGGCCUUCUACGAGGCAGUUCUGAGGAACAUGAGGGCUCCGCUCGAGGAUCUCCUCGACCGGCUCGACACGCCGGCGAACGCCAUUGUCGCCGAUACUUACUUGGUUUGGUCGGCGGACGUCGGGACUUGGAGGAAUAUUCCGGUGGCAUCGCUAUGGACGUCGUCGGCGACGGUGUACUCGGUGUUCCGUCACUUUGAUCUCCUCGUUCGGAACCGGCAUUUCCCGGUUGACCUUAAGGCCAUGGGAAACGAGCUUGUGGACUACAUCCCAGGACUCCCUCCAACGCGCAUAGCAGACCUCCCAACUUGCCUGUACGGCAAAGGCAAUCAGAUACUCAACAAAGCCCUUGAAUCGAUUUCCACAACGGAGACCAAAGCUCAAUAUCUCCUCUUAGCUUCUCCCUACCAGCUAGAACAACAAGUCAUCGAUGCCUUAACCACAAAACUAAGCCCCUUCCCUGUUUACCACAUUGGCCCCAACAUCCCAUACUACAAACUCGACUCACCAAAUUACUCCUCUAGAAAUACUUCUCAUGCUGACCAUUUAGAGUGGCUUGAUAAGCAACCUAGAGGCUCCGUCUUGUACGCCUCGCAGGGAAGCCUCUUCUCGACGUCAAAAGCGCAGAUGGAGGAGAUCGCCUCGGGGCUAAGGGACAGCAGGGUCCGGUACUUCUGGGUGGGAAGAGAGGAGCAUUCUCGUUUGAGAGAGAAUUGUGGUGGCGGGAAUGGAAUGGUGGUUCCUUGGUGUGACCAGUUGAGGGUGUUGUGCCAUCCUUCCAUAGGCGGGUUUUGGUCACACUGCGGGUGGAACUCGACGUCGGAGGCUGCUUUUGCCGGGGUUCCGAUGCUGAAUUUCCCCAUCUAUUGGGACCAGGUGACCAACAGCAAGAUGGUGGUUGAGGAUUGGAAGAUGGGGUGGAAGGUGAAGAGAGGAUUCGGAGAUGAGGAGGUUUUGGUGGGGAGACAGGAGAUUGCGGGGAUUGUGAAGAGGUUUAUGGAUGUGGAGAAAGAAGAGGAGGUGAGGGAUAUGAGGAGGAGAGCUUGUGAAUUGAGGGAUACUUGCCGGCGAGCGGUUGGCAAAGGAGGUUCUUCUGAUGCACAUAUUGAGGCCUUUCUGAAUGAUUUAUAUCAGAAUGCGAAUAAACCUUGAGUAUAUUGGAUGACCGUAGAGGAAAAUUUCUUCUUCCAUAUGUAUGUUGCCAUAUAACCAUGCAGAAGAAUCGUGUACUAGAAUAAGUAAGAAGAAAUGGAAAGGACGUGCGAGUAACAGAUCAUCUAUGUAUGUUACAAUAUAUAUGCACUAAAUUUCUUCACAUUGUCAUUUUCUUUUUUCUAGUUUUCAAUAUAUAUGAUCAA